GAGAAUGUGUCAGGAAUCAAUGACAUACUCCCUCUUCCUUUUUCUUUUUCUGAGCCAUGGAGUGGCCAGUCAGAGAGUUCUAGAUUCCAGUGCGGAUUUGCAUCCGUUGUUGCAAAAAAUGGCAGAAGAAAUAAUAGAUGGAAGCUAUCUGAAUGCAUUACUGGAUCUCAUACAGUUUCACAGCUCCCAUGUGUGGACCGCAGAUCUGCCCCAUAAAGUCCUGGCCUACCUGAAUUCACGGAAUGUUCCCUUCACCAUCUCCAGCCUUCAGGCAGCCAUGGAAAAUCACCUGCAGGAGCGUUUGCACCAGCCCCAGAAGCUGCUGGAGGACCUGAGGGAAACAGAUGCUCAGCGAUUCCACACUGCCAUGAAAUGCCUCUUAGAAGAAAAGAAAGGCCGCUUGGACCUGCAGGACACUGUCAUUGACUUGGGAGAGAUUCGGGAACAAGCCUUGCAGAGCCCUGGCGUGAACCGCAGCCUGUUUCUCAUCACACUGGAGAGGUGUUUCCAGGUGUUGAACUCCCUGGAGUGUGUGGAGAUUCUGGGCAGGUUGCUCAGGGGGUCCUCGGGCAGCUUUCUCCAGCCAGACAUCACAGAGCGGCUCCCCCGGGACCUGCGUGAGGAUGCCUUUAAGAACCUAUCUGCGGUGUUCAAAGAUCUCUACGACCAAACCUCAGCUCAUUCCCAGAGAGCUCUCUACUCCUGGAUGACUGGAAUUUUGAGGACAUCCUCCAAUGCCACUGAUGACUCUGUUUCAUGGGUCAGUGCAGAAAACUUAUGGAUUUUGGGCAGAUACAUGGUUCACCUGUCAUUCGAAGAAAUUACAAAAAUUAGUCCUGUAGAAAUAAGGCUAUUUAUCAGCUAUGACAACGCCACCAAGCAGUUGGAUACAGUGUAUGACAUCACACCUGAACUGGCCCAGGCGUUUCUGGAGAGGAUCAGCUCCUCCAACUUCAGUAAGAGGAACACCUCUACCAUCCACAGGCUGGGGCUGCUUGUUUGUUUCUACGAUGACCUGGAGCUGCUGGAUGCCGCAGUGGCUCAAGUCUUGCUUCACCAGAUGAUCAAGUGCAGUCAGCUGAGGGGCUUCCAGUCUGGUGUGCAGAAGCUCAAAGCAGACCUCCUGGACAUUGCCACAGAGAACCAGACCCUCAAUGAGACCCUGGGCUCCUUGUCGGAUGCGGUUGUGGGUUUGACCUACAGUCAGCUGGAAUCCCUCUCCCCUGAGGCUGUGCAUGGUGCCAUCUCCACCCUCAACCAGGUCUCAGGUUGGGCCAAGAGCCAGGUCAUCAUCUUGUCUGCGAAAUACUUGGCCCAUGAGAAGGUGCUGUCUUUCUACAACGUCAGCCAGAUGGGUGCUCUGCUGGCUGGGGUCAGCACCCAGGCCUUCUGCAGCAUGGACUGCAAAGACCUCCCCCAGGCCCUGAGAAGCACCAUCUCUCAGCAUGUGUCUGAUUUGUCACCUGCCCAGCAGCAAGGCAUCCUGAGCAAGAUGAUUGAAGCAGGAGAUGCUGCCUCGGGCAUUGUGGAGAUACCAGGGGCUUUCUUUAAAGAAGUGUCUCUCUUUGACUUACGGAGGGAACCCGGAUUCAAUCCUGCAGUCCUGAAGGACAAGGAGCUUCGGAGGAGCCAGGCCUUGUUCCUGUACGAGCUUCUGUUAAAGACCACCACGAGGCCGGAGGAGCUCCUGAGUGCUGGGCAGCUGGUCAAAGGUGUGACGUGCUCACACAUUGAUGCCAUGAGUGCCGACUCUUUUCUGGCCCAUUUCCGGUAUUUUGAGAACAACCUCUUCCUGCUUUCACCAUAUCAGGUUAAUUGUUUGGCAUGGAAAUACUGGGAAGUUUCCAGAUCGUCUAUGCCGCCUUUCCUCUUGGCUGUGCUCCCGGCCCACUACCUGGCUUCCUUCCCGGCCUCACAGUGUGUGCCCUUUCUGAUAAGCCUGGGGAAGAGACAGCUGGACUACUUGGUUUUAGAUUCCCACAAAAAGACAUUAGUCCUCAGAAAAGUGCACCAGUGUCUGGAUGUCUCCACUGCUGAUGAAUACACCGUGGACAUCAUGGGAAACCUGCUGUGUCACUUACCAGGGACCGUCUUUGACAACAGCAUCUCCCCCAAGGCCUGGCCCACUGCCCUACAUGGCCUCAGAGACUGCCCAGACCUCAGCCCUGACCAAAAGGCUGUGGUGAAACGCAAGCUCUUGGAACAGUAUGGAUUCCCUCAGAACUGGACAGCUGAGACUAUGAAGGAUGUGGGACCCUUUCUAGUGCUUUUCUCAGGAGAUGAAUUAAGCUCUGUUGCCACAAAGUUUCCUGAUAUCCUUCAACAAACAGCUUCCAAGUUGGCUGGGACCCUGCCUCCUAAAGAAUUCCUCUGGGCUGUCUUUGAAUCUGUUCGGAACAGCAGCCAUGAGAGUCCCAGUGCUGAUUCCAUUCCUGGUUGCCAUGGAGUCCCGGCUCCUUCUUCAGAUGACAUCUUUAAGUUGUCUGAAGCCAACGUCUGGUGGGCCCCCGAGGACCUGCUCUGCAUGGAGGAAGACACUUUCAUCAGGAACGUGGAGCUGCUGGGGGCUGUCCAGGGUUUCAGCCAGCACCAGCGGAUGGCCCUGAAGGAGAAGGCAAUACAGGUUUGGGACAUGCCUUCUUACUGGAAAGAACACCAUAUUGUCUCUCUGGGACACAUUGCCCUGGCUCUUAAUGAGAGUGAGCUGGAGCAGCUGGACCUCAGCUCCAUAGACACUGUGGCUUUCCUAAGUGAGCUGACAGAAUGGACGCCAGGUCAGGCUAAAUCCAUUCUGCAAGGGUUCCUGGAUGACUCAGGCUAUCGUAUCCAGGAUCUGAAGGGCUUCCAUUUAGUAGGCCUUGGUGCAACCCUGUGUACUAUGAACACCACCGAAGUCCCACUUAUAAAGAUCUCAGAAUUCAGGGUGGUAGUGGCUAGAAUUGGGACCCUGCUCUGUAGCACCCAUAUCUUGGCUGAGUUUAAGAGGAAGGCAGAAGUCGUGUUUGGGGAUCCCACCGAGUGGACCAGCUCCGUCUUGCAGGAGCUUGGGACCAUUGCAGCUGGAUUAACUAAGGCAGAGCUCCGGAUGCUUGACAAGGAUUUGAUGCCAUAUUUCCAGCCAUCAGCAAUAAAAUGCCUUCCUGAUGAGAUAUUCAAAGAGCUGUCCGAGGAGCAGAUCGCCUGCCUGGGUCCGGAGAACGCCGCAGCGGUGACCCACGCUCAGCGCCAGCGGCUCAGCCCAGCACAGCUGCAGAGCCUCCAGCGGGCGCUAGAUGGCGCCAAGGCUCAGUUCUGGCAGGACGCGCCCAUCGGUGCAGACCCCACUAGGACCCCCGCCUCGCGCUCUUCCCCAGGAGCUCCCAUCUCAUGGGGCCUUGGACUUGGAUGCCUCCUGCUGGUUCUAAUGACCAAGCCUCUAAUGUGCUGAGGGGCUGAGUGCAUUGCCCUCUGGUCCUCCAAGCAACUGGCCAAGGCAUGUGGAGACAGAGGGCAUUUCAGACUGUGGAAGACACUUGCCUGGACCAAGAGCAUCAACCGGGGCAGGGAACCCUGGGGCCCUGACAUUUAAAAGGCCCUAAAGGAAAAACAAUUAUUAAAAAAUGAUCUUGCAAAUCUUUAAGCCAGCCAGUCUCCUUAGCAAGGAGCCCUUCUUUGUUCCAUUUCAGUUUUUGUUUCCCAGCUUAGAGACAGAAAACUUGCAGGGAAGGAAGGAUGAUUUCUGUUAACCACGUGAGGACCUUAUUUUGUGCCCAGGAGUUCCACGAAGACCAUACUGCCAAACAAGCCAAAUUGACAGCAGAGUCCUUUUAUUGAAGAGCCAGCUGGCGACUGCCUCAGUAUCCCAACAUGGGUUUCUGAGAGCAACCCCGAGUGCUUAAGGAGUCAGGUUUUUAAGGCUUGGUCUGCACCCUGGUUGGCACGCAGGCUGUCCAGGUGCAUGGGGGUGGGGGUGGGGCAGCAAGUAAGCAUUGUACAGAAGCAGAAUUUUGCAGUUAGUUAGCCAUACGUCAUACAUUCUUUGUUUUAAUAUUUUCCCAUACGUUUUAGUUCCAGUACUUUUCCUCCUUUGUCUCAGUAUUCUCUCCACCUGGCAUUGUUUAAAAGUCAGUCUAGGGAUAGUCAGUUCAUUUCCCAGGAGUUAGUCAAGCAAGAAGUUAGUGAGCACUUUCCCAUCUAUCUUGGGAGUGAACCAGACUCACUCCAUUUCAUUGAGGGUUUGCAGCCCAGGAAUUUGUCAGGUGUUAACUGGUAUUUUUCUACUUCAGCCUAGACCUAACACUUACCUACAAGUUAUCGCCUUCCCUUCCAAGAAAGGCGGGUGCAGGAAAAGGCAUCAUUUUAGCCACAGCCUGAUCUGGUUUUUACUCUGGCUUAGUUUCAUUUACUGGUGGCCACAGGUUGCAUUGGACUUUUCCUUCUUCAAUAUUUAGCAGAGCUGAAAUAAAUGAAUCCCUCAACAGAAGCCAAUAUUCCUGCCUGAUUGCUGGGGCUAAUUGAUGUUUUGGUGGGCACUGCAUUGCUUGGAAAU